AUGUAUUUCCCGUUUGCAACGGCUGCAGCGGCACCGCCAAUGUGCGGCCCUGCCUUCCAUCCGCAUGAAGUCAUGAUGACGCUCCCGCCGUCGUUUGCCGUAGGCCUGCCGCAUCAACAAACCGUGUUCGUGGCGCCUCCUCCAACUCUGCCAGGCGUUGUUCACGGUCCACACGUCUGUUUUGAACAACACGGCAUUGCGGACGGAAGGCGUGAGCCGUUCGCACACUUGCAGAAGCAGCCGCCGGACCCUUCUCUCCACCACUUUAGCGGCAUCUUUCCGGAGUGGGAAGUAGAUGAGCUGGACUUCGAGGACGCUUGCACGCGAAUGCGCGACGGAGCGCGCCGUGCUGGGAUUACCGCGAACCGGAGGAGCACUCGAGACCAGUCUAGUCAAUGCGUGAUUGCGCCUGCACGUGUUGAAGCGCCAGUACCACGUCCUGAAGUGGAAAAACAGGAAGACGAGGUCAGCCGCGUAGUGGGCAAUAUCAACAUUAGCGGUGUUGUCAAGCUCGAGCCCACGGGGGAGGAAUCCGAGGUACAGGCUGACCGGGCGGAGAGCGUCCUUGAAACCGAUUUUGAUCGGUACGAAACAUACCGGAGGCCUUUGUGUCGCCCGUGGUAUGAGAGGCAAGACAACUGGUCCAGGUAUGACCUCCAGUUGAAGCGCUUUCAAAGGUGGCUGCAGCAGCAGCAGCGACCUUUGCUUGAACGGAUUCCAAAGCAUCGGGAGGCGUUUCCGCAGCGCCUGGCGUGCGCCAACCCGACCAGCGACGCAAUGCAAGCGCGCAUCCGGAGAGUCUACGACCACGCCCACCACACCCGUCUCAAUCCGGACGACUCGUAUGUGUACCAAUUCCUGGACGCGCGCAGAGCCAGGCACGCCGACGCCUUCGCAGGGGUCAACACGACCAGUGGCCGCCGGCGGUACGACAGGCCUCCGCCAGUGGAGCCGCAUGUCCCGUACGACCCAAGCCAGCGCCGAGCACCUGGCUUCCACGCGCUGACCCGUUCGGGCUGUGCGGCGGAGCACGCCCACGGGGCGAGGCGUAGAGCAGUCAGUGCAAACAGCGUCCGUGACCCUAUGGCUGCCCGCGUGCGGUGCGCGAGUGUGCAGGGGCCGCAGCCGGCGGCCUUCCACGCUGAGCUGGAGGCGCACGGUCGCGGGCGGACGGUCCGGCAGAGAGUCGGGACUAGCGCACGCACCCUCAGGCCCUCUCUGACGGGUGGUGGAGAUGACCUAGAGCAGCACACCGAGUUCACAGGAUCGCUCCGUGCGGUCGACGACGAAAAGGGGACGUCGUUGACUGGGUCCUUUGUCGUGCCGCUGGCGACCGACGAAGGCCGUCGGAAAGUGCGAGACGGAACCCCUCCGCCGUGGCGAGCAAGGAACUAG